CGGUAGCCAUUUGGGCGGUUGGAAGGAAUGCCAACCACGCAGCCCCGUUGGUAAGGAAAGAAAAAUCCCGGCAAUCGAAACACAGCCUCACAAGAAAACAGGUCGUGAUAAGAGGAUAAGCCGACGUGUCCUUUGUGCCUGACCUAAGCUAUCAAACGACUGGAGCGAAGCUCGCUGCCUCCCUUUGCACAACCUCCUCUCCCCGCGCCGCAUCCUCGAGCAGAAAGAAAGAAAGAGAUGAGGUCUCCCGUCCCCGCAAUGCUCACCGCCCCUUCGGCAGCAGCGGCCGUCGCCAAGCCGCUCCCCGCGGCUCGCUCCAGCACGACGGCGGCACUCCACGCGACCGGCAGCAGCAGGCGGGACGUGAUGACCGGCACCGGCACCGGCGUGGGAGCCGCGCUGCUGAUGGCGCUGUCGCCGCAGCGCGCUCGUGCGGCUUCGGACGACGAGUACGUGACGGAGACGACGGAAGUGAUCGGGAAGGUGCGGUCGACCAUCAGCAUGGACAAGACGGACCCCAAGGUGGCGGACGCGGUGACUGAGCUCCGGGAGAUGUCCAACUCGUGGGUUGCCAAGUACCGGCGCGAGAAGGCGCUGCUGGGGCGGCAGUCGUUCCGGGACAUGUACUCGGCGCUCAACGCCGUGUCGGGCCACUACAUCAGCUUCGGCCCCACCGCGCCCAUCCCCAACAAGCGCCGCAUCCGCAUCCUCGAGGAGAUGGACGCCGUCGAGAAGUCGCUCAAGCGCGGGCGCUGAAGAUAAUGUGUGUUUCCUUCCGUCAUGAGGAUGAGGAUGAGGAUGGGAUGGCCAUGGGGUACCUCGCGGUGCUUGUCCCGUGCGUGGGUUCCGAUUUUGAGCCUCGACUUUAUCAAUUGUUUCUACGACUUGUCUGAAUCGGCUCAUGAUCCACAUGGUGAGAAUAUUGUUGGCCUUCCUUGAUUUUGUCUUGUACUGUAUCAGCGUCUUCCUUGUUCCUCCUUGCAUUGCGUCUGCCUGCCCAGCGCAGUCCAGCUGCCGAGCGGAACGGCUUUGUUCUGUGGAUGGCUAGUGUUAGUGGAUUCACAAUGACAAUCGUUAGUGUUGUACUGUA